AAACCAAAGAAGAAGACGUAAAGCGACCAAAACAAUCCCGCCAAUUUUGAAGAACGUAAACAGUGUCGUAGUUCGUCUGAUUGUGAUGGUUGUAAUACAUAUGCUGUGAAGAGGGAUACCUUUAUCAACCAUGAACACCACUGGAAGAGGUUCUGGGGAUUCAACCCAACUCGCUGCCAGUGGUGAAAGUGAUUCCAUCAAAGUAUUUGUGCGAGUGCGUCCUCUAACCCAAGGUAGUGGAUUGACCACAGAUGGAGAUCACAAUCUCUGCCUCACCGUUACUUCUCCCAACACCAUCCGUCUGCUGGCAAAACCAGAACCACGAACAUUCACAUAUGAUCAUGUUGCUGACAUGGAUACAUCCCAGGAUUCUGUAUUCUCCAGCGUGGCCAAGAAUAUUGUUGAAUCUUGCAUGAAUGGUUACAAUGGUACCAUAUUUGCAUAUGGACAGACAGGGUCUGGGAAAACAUUCACAAUGCUUGGACCCUCUGAGUUGGAUAACUUCACAGAUGAAUUACGAGGCGUUAUACCUCGGAGUUUUGAGUAUCUGUUUUUCCUCAUUAACAGAGAAGUGGAAAAGCCUUCCCAGUCCAAGAGUUUCCUUUGCAAAUGUUCAUUCAUAGAGAUAUACAAUGAACAGAUUUAUGACCUCCUGGACACAGCCUCAGCCAGUCUUUUCCUGAGGGAGAACAUCAAGAAGGGUGUGUUUGUAGAAGGAGCUGUUGAGAAAUUUGUCAACUCUGCUGCUGAAGCUUAUCAGGUCCUUUCUAUGGGCUGGCGGAACCGAAGAGUUGCCUCUACCUCUAUGAACCGAGAGUCUUCCAGAUCCCAUGCAGUGUUUACCAUGACUUUGGAGUCCAAAGAGUCCAUUAAUGACAUAGUGAACAUUCGUACAUCUCAGCUAAAUCUGGUGGAUCUGGCAGGGUCUGAGAGGCAGAAAGACACACACACAGAGGGUUCUAGACUAAAGGAGGCCAGCAGUAUCAAUCGCUCGCUCAUGUGUCUUGGACAGGUAAUCAUGGCACUGGUGGAUGUGUCCAAUGGGAAGAAUCGUCACAUCUGCUAUCGGGACUCUAAACUCACCUUCUUGCUCAGGGACUCUCUUGGAGGAAAUGCAAAAACUUACAUCAUAGCCAAUGUGCACCCUGGUUCAAAGUGUUUUGGUGAAACAUUGUCCACCUUGCAGUUUGCCCAAAGAGCAAAGUUGAUUAAGAAUAAGGCUAUAAUCAAUGAAGACACUCAGGGAAAUGUGAAACAGCUGCAAGCUGAGGUAAAAAAGCUGAAAGAGCAGCUUGCUCAGGCACUAGCUUCCCAGGCUGUGGACUACCAGGGUAAUCUAGCGCCAGGAGGGCCAAAUCUGCCUUUAGACCCAUCUUUAGAAGUUCACUAUGAUGUCCUAUAUAAAAAAAAGUUUCUGACGGCUAUUCAUUUGUGGAAGAGGCGAGAAGAGGAGAAGCGGGUGCUAAUCCAGAAGUUGGCCCAGGUCGAGGAGGUCUGCACACAAAAAGACAAGUUUAUUCAUUCUAGUAGAAUGAUAGUUAAGUUUCGAGAAGACCACAUCGCUCGCCUUGAGAGAAAAUUAAAGACAGGACAAAACGUCUCGUCAGACAAAGAGUCUCAGACUCUGAUUGAUCAACUGAAAGAAGAAGUUAAGGUCUUAAAAGAUCAGGUUGAGCAUCACCCUAAAAUGACUCGGUAUGCAGCAGAGAAUUUUAGCCUCAGAGAGGAAAACCGUCAACUUCGCUCUCUUGAAUCACUGGUGAAAGCUGAAGAGGUGGUAGCCCAGGUUUCUGCUGAACUAGAGGAGGCCUUUCAAAGGGCUGUGGAGUCAGAAGGGCUUACAGGAGCUCCAGCACUCUCCUCAGCCCCUCUGUCUGCAGGUUUGGCUGCUACAGUAGAAAAACUGAAGGCUCAGGUGGUUCAGAAACAGUCUGACCUCACAGCUGUCCUUCAGGCUUUUGAGGUGUACAAAGAGGUCACCAAGAAACAAAUAUCCCAGCUAGAGUCUGAGAAAAGAUACCUCGAAAAGUCCAACAGACAUUUGGAAAACAUUUUGGAAGCUACACAUGCCUGCAAAAUACAGGAGGUCACAGAGCUGAACCGAAUUCACGUUGAAACUAUUAAGAUCCUUAGCACACCUACCAAAGCAUACAACUUGCGGUCCCGUCUUGUGCCUCUGUGCAGCCCAGAGCACCUAAAUGAGACAGGCAGUAAUGUAGGUGACAUUUGGGAUGAGCAGCCUCCUUCAGACAUGGCUGAGAUGGCUCUUACUGAGGAACUGUGCCAAGUACAGGAGCACGCUAGUGUUGUCCAGACACAACUGAAUGAGGAAGAGCUGAAAAACAGCAGGUUGUUGCAGCAAAUCUCUAAACUGGAGGAGCAGAUCACUUUGUUAUCGCAAGAGUCUGAACACAAGAAUGACCUGCUUUCGGCUGAGAAAGCAAACAGGACUAGAGAUCUCCUCAGACUGCAAGAAAAUAUCAGUGAGCUGCAACAAAGCCUAGAGUCUGAACAGCAAGCAGCCAACGUUCUGAGAAGUGAAAUUCAUGAUCUUCGUCUGGUGCUGCAGUCAUCUGAUAAGGAGUUAGCUGCUGUCAAGAAUGAGCUCAGAGAUUGUCAGAGAGAGCAGCAGAGGGAGGUGACCCAGCUCUCCGGCAGUCUGAUCAGCACACAGCUCCAACUCGACAAAGUCCACCUUGAGUGGGAGCAACUUCUUGAGCAGCAUCGGACUCUGCAGGAUUUGUUUGACCAGCUGCAAGCUGAGGCCAAGUUUGAGGCUGAUCAGGCAGGACAGCAGAUUGAGGACCUGCAGGCACAGCUCUUGGAAUUGAAUAAUUCUCUGCAGAGUGAACAAACACACACAGGCAAUCUGAUUUUACAGUUAAGAGAAAACAAAGAAACUACAUCAAAAGAACUGAUUGAAACUGUGGAGCAAAAUACACAGCUUAGAAAAAAAGUGUCAGACCUGACAGCACAAAAUCAGCAACAGGUGUCAAAACUUGCUUAUCUAGAACAAAAUUUAACUUCUGCAAAUGAAACUAUUAAGAGCUUCGAGCAGAAGAUUGAGCAGGAUAAAGAUGUUGUUCUAGAUCUUAUAAACCAAACCAGAGAUCUCCGCAAUGAUCUGAGCCAGAAGGAAGAAACUGUUAGCCACCUGUCUGAAGAGUUCAAAGACAUUACAGACAAGUACAAGGCUGCCUGCUUUCAAAGGGAGGAGAUGAGGCAGCAAAAUGCUAGCAUGCAGACAGAAAUCUGUGAUCUAAAAGAGACUUUGAACAGGGGGGUAGCAUCCAAUAAAAUAGAGGUUGAGGUUUUGCAGGAGGAGGUUGCUUAUGCCACUGAGGAAGUUGAAAGACUCACAAAGGUCUUGGAUGAGCAAAACAGCCUGCUCCAAGCAUCGCAGGAACAAGUGGCUCAGAAGGAUAUCGAGAUACAGAAUCUUCAGCAGAAGGUGCAACAACAGCAAGAGGCUGUUGAGAAAACAAUCAGGAAUGGAAGGUUCAAACCCCCUGUUGACAUGACAGUCACACCUAAAUCAGUACCUCGGACACCUUGCACUCCAGGAAGCUUCAACAGGAACAUCAGCCAGGUGCUAGAGAGCCAAGAGAAGGAGUUGGAGAAUAGGCGUUCCUCCAUGAUGACCAUGGAGAUUCUUUUGACAGAGCUAAAUGCUGAAAGAGCUGCGAAGAAUGAGGAGAUUCAGAGGCUUAAAACACAGCUGACUGAGAAAGAGAUGGUUCGAAUGGAGAUCCAAUCAUUGCUUGAUGGGUUUUACAUCAAACAGAAUCAGAUGACACUGAAUGGAAAUACUAAAAGUGAGGAGUUAAGUGAUGCAAUUAAGCAGUCCAUACUUAAAGAGCUACAGGAGGAAAGAGCAGGGAAGAGCAAAUUAAUUCAGCAGCUGUCUGAUACUCAAAAAAAAUUACAGACACAGGAAUCUAUGUUGACCAAGUCUCAGACCUGUGUUCAGGAGCUCACCACAGAGCUGAGGAACCGCUGUUUAGAGCUGAGAGAUCUGAGCCACAAGAUACAGGAUGAGGAGAAACUACUUCAGGAGAAUGAGGUUCUCCGUAAACAGAAUGUUAAGCUGUCAGAGGAGAAUGGGAAACUCGUGGGACAUAAGAACCAUAAACAGAGGAUCGAAUAUCUGGUGAAGCUGAAAAAGGACAACACAAAACUUCAAGAGGAAAAUGAAAAGCUUAGAGCGGAGAUGGCCUUAAUGCGAGAGAACAUUGCCUUUCCGCCGCUGGAGAUGACAUAAAUCUGCUUUUUAAAAAUUUUUCUAAUGGAAGUCAACUUUCUACCAUUUAGUUCAAGUCUAAGGGCAUUGUGUUUUAUGAGAUGUUUUCAGUCAGGGAAUUUUGAGUAAUUUUUUUUUUAUCUGUUCAAAUUGUUCUUCAGUUUGUACUUCACAUUCUAAAAAUAAAGCCGAAUGUACAGAGCAGGUGUUGUCAAACUAGUCCUAGCUUUUUAUUUCUUUUAAUUUUGUGUUGUUGCCUUAAAUUGUACCGAUCAUUACUUGUCAUUAUAGUCAUGCUGAAUUCCACCAUAAUGUGAAAGGCUGAGCUUUUCACACAUGCUUAGUGAUUGGUCAUUUUAAUACAGUACAGUUUAAUGUAUUUACUGUAAUAAACAUCCGUUUGUAUACUGUA